GUAUCCAACCCUUAAAACAAGCCUCUGACUUCACAGCCAAACCAAAACAAUGUGCCUGUCUCUUUAAGAAACCAGACACAGGAAGAAACUAAAAGUUAUUUCCUGCAAACAAGCAGGAUCUCCUUCGUCGUCGUUUCUCCUCUCCAGACCAACACACACAGAGAAAUGGCCUCCGGCAACAGCCUCUUAUCUGAGGAGCAGCUUCUUUGUCCCAUCUGCCUGGGUGUGUUCAAUCGCCCAGUUUCCACACCAUGCGGACACAACUUCUGCAUGUCCUGUAUCAUGACGUACUGGAACGACAUCCCAGUCAGCCUCUGUCCCGUCUGUAAGCACACAUUUAAGAGGAGGCCGGACCUCAAGGUCAACACUUUCAUCUCCCAGCUCGCGUCACAGUUCAUGUCGCUUCAAGUGACCGACGCUCACAUCUGGAGCCCGGACCAACAGCAGGCUCGCUGUGGUGGACCGGUGCUGUGUGACAUCUGUACCGACAGCCAGCGAGAGGCUGUCAAAACCUGUGUGGAGUGUUUGACUUCCUACUGCGACGUCCAUCUCGAGCCUCAUCACAGAGCUGCCGGCCUGAAGAGACACACGCUGGUCGAGCCCAUGGCGAGCCUGGAGGACAGGAUCUGCAAGGAGCACACCCGACUGCUGACGUCGUUCUGUAGCAACGACGGGGUUUUGCUGUGUGACGUCUGCGCCGAUUCGCACCACGUGAACCACGACGUUGUGCCUGUGCAGUGUUUGUACACAAAGAGGAUGGCUCUGCUGGAGGACACCGAGGCCCAGGUGCAGCAGAUGAUCCAGGACAGACUGCAGAAGGUCCGAGACAUGAAAGUGACAGUAGAGCAAAGCAAGACAGAAACCAGAGAUGUGAUCGCGAGCAGCGUGCAGGACUUGGCGACGCUGAUCUCUGAGAUCCAGAAGAGCCAGACGGAGCUUGUGAAGGUGAUCGAGGAGAAGCAGAAAGCGUCAGAAGAACAAGCAGCUGGGUUGAUCAGCGGCAUGGAGAGAGAGAUCACCGAGCUGCAGGAGACGACGAUGAAGCUGAGGGAGCUGAAACAGACUGAAGACCCACUUACUUUCCUCCAAAGCUCCACAAACCCAUCCAGCCUACCACACACAAUGGACUUGUCCACAGUCAGUUUUAAUGUCCAGGUGGAAAUGCACCGCAUACAAGAAGCUUUGAGCAAAUCAGUCUUUCAAAUGCGAAUGUUGCUGAAUAAAUUGAGCACAGAAAUUCAAAAUGUCUCUGACGGCACAGACGCGUCCACCAACGCUACGCUGAGAUGUCUGCAGCAGUAUGAAGUGGACGUCGUGCUCGAUCCUGAUACAGCUCACCCUCUGCUCAUCUUAUCUGAUGACAGGAAACAGGUGAGAUACGAGAGGAGUUCAGGUUUGAAAAGAAACCUGAACCUCAAAAUGUUCACUAACUAUCUUGCAGUUCUGGGCCAGAGAGGCUUCUCGUCACGUAGGUUUUACUUCGAGGUCUUCGUGGGUGGGAAGACUGAAUGGAGUCUGGGCGUGGCCACGGCGUCGGUCCAGAGGAAUAGGGCGCUUGAUCGAAGUCCUCACUGUGGACUCUGGGCCGUCCAGUUUGUAAAGGAUAAGUUUAAAACCUCCACUUCUCUAAACUUGCCGGUACUCUAUGGGAAAGUGGAGCGGGUCGGCGUGUUUGUGGAUUAUCACGGAGGGCAAAUUUCUUUCUACGACGUGCAGACGGCAACACUCAUUUACUCGUUUACUGAGUGCGUCUUUACCGAAGAACUGCAUCCGUACUUUAACCCUUGUGACAAUGAAUACGGUUCAAACUUGGGUCCGAUGAUAAUCGUUCCUGUAGGUCGUACCGAGUGAACGGAAGUUUCAGAGAAUCGGUGAUUUGUGAUAUUCACUCAAAUGCAACCGAUGCGUUUGACUGCAAUGAGCAUUUGUGUAAAAAAAACAGGUUUGUAUGAAAUAAUUCAUUCUUAAUCAACUACUACAAUACAGCUGCAACUUGUGCACAUUAUCACAUUUUGAAUAAGUGGUGUUUUCUUUUGGUUUGGUUGCAGAAAAGAAAUGAGUCAUUUAUGGCCAGGAUGUUUGAUAACAAAUCUAUUUUUUUCUGGUGGACUGUUAAGCAUCAAAAGUCAUACGACACAUGAUCUAACGGACGUAUGAAUACACGUGGAGCUGACUUUAAUAAUCAUUUUGUCAAUAAAGUGACAGAAAACAUUCUUCCGAUCAGCAGUCCAAAAUCUAUAUCAAAUUCUCACAUUUUGGAACUAGCAAAUGUCAUUUUGUUGCUUGAAAAGUGACUCAAACUCAAUUAUGAUAAAACUGACAUUCAGUCAUGUAUGUUGAAGACAAGGGGGACAUUAACUCAGGGUCCAGUGUUUGGAAGUGAGCCAAGUUACAGCUCAAAACAGCCUUUUCUCCCUAAAGACAUGUGAAUGUUUAUGCUGCUUUUGUUUUAUGAUAAGAUAAAAUGUAUGUGUUUUGUCACUGUUUCUUUUUAAGAUGUAUUUCUUCUGUAAUGGUAAUAACAGUUAUAUAGUCAGCUUGAUUACAUUUUAAUAAAGUUUUU